AUGCCUCCCGCCAACGCCAACGCCAACGCCACGCCGCCUAGGGCCGGCCGCUCUCCGCCGGACGCCGCCGUCGCGCCGCUCGGCCUAGGGUUUCCGCCACCUCAAGCUCAAGCUGGGUCGCCGCCGCCGUCAAGUCCGUCAGGGAAGCCUCAUCACGGAUCCGAGCUCGUUCAAGACACCGAGGAUGAUCCGAGGACGCCCGGGAGUGCAGAGUUUUUCUUGAGGGAACCUCCCGAGAGUCCAGACAGCAACACGGCCACUUCGGCACAUACAACAUUCACCUAUGAACAGCACCUUCAGUUGAGAGCACAAUUGUGUGUUCGCAGUGAUCUUUGCAUUGGAAAACCAUCUGCAGAGCAUACCAUGGUUCAUGCUUUUGGAGAACCUGCCGAGGGUCAGAAACAUGUGUGGCAGGAUCUAUGGCGUGCUGCUGUCGAUCGAUGGGAGACCCAACAGCCACCUGUGCCUGGCUAUGACACGCCGCCAAGCAGCUCUCUCCUAGGUGACAGCACUGGAAAACCAUCUGCAGAGCAUACCAUGGUUCAUGCUUUUGGAGAACCUGUGGAGCGUCAGAAACAGCCACCAGUGCCUAGCUACGACACACCGCCUAGCAGCUCCCUCAUCGGUAGUUGCACAGGUGAACAAGGCAGUAAGGAUACUGCUGUGGGAAAGAGAACCGUUUCAGAACAAGGUGACGCUGGUGAGAAAGAAACUCAAGUUCUGGAUGUUGGAAAUGUCAGUAUCCUUCCACCGAAGAACACCACCAACCAUACUGAAAUACUUGAACAAAAGAAUGGUCAUGAGGAUCAUCUAGCAAUCAGUUUCGCUGAACAAGUUGAUCAAUCGCUAUCUGAUGAUGGCAGCAACUUAAAAAAUAAUGCAGUCUGUGCUGAGCAGACUUUUCUAGAGUCUUAUUGCUCUUUACCCAAGAAUAAUCCCAGAAAGAACGUUACCAAAAUUCAAGAAUCUUGUCACAGUGGCACCAAAUCUGUUCCAAACUCUCCUCGUGAUUUUCAGGAAUCCAGUAGCUCUCGCAUUGGUAGCUGCAUAGCUGAACAAAGUACCGUUGUUGAUAAGACCUCCAUUUUGGAACAACACAGUAGUGACGGUUGUCAGCAGGUGAGUCAAGGUACUGAUUCUGGAAGUGACAGAAACCAUGUGGCUGAUAGCACUAUCGACAAAGAUGAUCAAGUGAUAUCUGAUGAUGUCAACAACCUGGAACAGAAUACUGAUUCUGGAAGUGACAGGAACCAUCUGGCUGAUAGCACUAUCAACAAAGAUGAUCAAGUGAUAUCUGAUGAUGUCAACAACCUGGAACAGAAUACAUUAUGUGGUGGAAAACAGAGUUUGCUAGACUCGUGUUAUCAAUGUGGUAAACAUGGACACCUUCUUAAAUGUCGCAGCUGCCCCAUAGCCGCUCAUGUUAGCUGUUUUGGACCUUUUGUUUCAUCAGUGGGAUUCAAUGAUGGCCAGUUUUAUUGCCCUGUUUGCUUCUGUUUCAAAGCCACUGAAGCUCACAAAAAGGCUGAGAAAACAUUAUGUGUAGCUAAGAAGCACUUGCAUGCUUUCCUUCUGAAAAAGCAAUUUGCAAAGCAACACUGUGAGCAAUCUACUAAAAAUCAGCAACUUCCUUGUGAAGGUGAAGAGCCUGGUCAUGAGAAAAGAAGUGAUGCUAGUGUUGCUUGUCCUGGGCGCAACUAUGAUCCUCGUACGCCGGCUAGAACUAGAAAUCCCCUUGCACCAAGAAGGAAGUCCUUCGUAACGACUGCCAAGCGCGCGCCGCUCCGCUGGACGGGAGAAGAAGAGGCGGCUUUAAGGGAAGCGGUUGCCCUGUUUGCGCCGAAAGGGAAGGGGCUGAUCUCUUGGGUUCAGAUCCGGGAACACGGCAAGGACGUGUUCCACCCCGCACGUAUCCCGAAGGAUCUGAGCCGGAAGUGGAAGUACAUCAAGAGCAAAAGCGAAGCUUCGGAACGUUGCGGGGGCUUUCAAGAUUUAGGGUUUAGACAUUAGGGUUAAGAGGAUGGGGGUAUGGUGGGAAAAGGUUGGGCAUCUGAGAAACCGUGGUAUUGGCUGGUUGCCUUUUGUAGAUGGAGAAAGGGAGUACGGUGGGAAAAUGUUGGGCUUUCUAAGAUAAUUUGUUGUUGGCUCGUUUCCUUUUGUGGAUGGAGAAAGGUAGUAGUAUGGUUCUAUUCUUUUGUCCAUAAGAACAGAUUCGAAAUUGGAUAUUUAUCCAGUGUUGAUCUGAAUGAAGCUGACGGUCAGAAAGCUGGAUGUGUAGCAACUCCUUGUCCAUUUUGUCGGGGUGAAGGUAGCAGGUUUGCCAACCUCAUGUUUCUGUCCUUGGCUGGCUGGCUGUGUGUUGAGGCAAACAAUGUUCAGAUAAGCAGUUCAGCUCAGAUGUUUUGCUGGCUGUGUGCACGGGGGUAGACAGUUCAGAUCAGAUGUUCUGCUUGUAAUGGGUGAAACCUGACUUUCUGGGAUGCAUAUAUGUAUGUGAUGUUGCGAUUCUCUGUA